AUGGAGUCUGGACCCUUCUUGGUCUACUGUGACAACAAAAGCGCCAUUGACAUAUCAAAGAAUCCGGUGCAGCACUCAAGGACUAAGCACAUUGACAUAAGACACCACUUUGUUCGUGAAUUGGUGGAAGAAAAACAGCCGUCAGAUCUACAAGCCAGCAAUCUCCAAGCACUGCCGUCGCCUGACGAAGCGACUGAAGUAGCGACCACUACAUCUCUGGUAGUGACCGCCGAUGGUGUUUCUGAACCAGCAGAGCCGGAGAGUGUUGAAGAACAGAGUGAUGCAGAUGUUUCUCUCGUGCAAGGAACAAGAGAGUUCUUCAGGAAACAGGUGCUUGAGAGACACAAAGCUAAAAAGGGGGAGAUUGAAGAUGCAACUGGUUUGACGCAGAUCGUGAAUCAGUCAGGAAGUGCAUCAGGACGUAUGGACGGACUUGUAGCGGAGCUAAGUGGAGCUUAA